AUGGGACUCUCAACCAAGACGAUACAUGUCCAUCGCCAUCAGCAGCACCUGAAAUGGUCGCGCGAUAUUCCUCCCGUCCUCACGAUCGACUCCGGAGAGACGGUCACCUUCGAUGCGCUCGACGGGAGCAAUGGCAUGAUUACAAGGGAAUCCGGUGACGAGGCUAUACUGAACUUCGACGUUGAGAGGGCGGAUCCUGGUUUUGGACCCAUCUAUGUGAACGAUGCAGAGCCCGGAGAUGUGCUCAAGGUUGAUAUCUUGGACCUCCAACUUGGCGACUGGGCGUGGACGGCUAUAGUACCUGGCUUCGGGCUUUUAGCCGAUGAUUUCCUCGAAGCAAGGCUCAAGAUAUGGGAUAUCGACUCUAACCUGCCGUAUGUUAAGUUCAAGGAGGGUGUACACAUCCGCAAGGCACCGUUUCUGGGAAUUAUGGCAGUCGCGCCGGGCGUCGAAGGCGAGUUCUCUACUAUCCCGCCGCUGGAGACGGGGGGGAACAUGGACUGUCGAUAUCUGACCACCGGCUCUACGCUGUACCUACCCAUCCGUACGAAAGGAGCCCUCUUCAGCUGUGGUGACGGCCAUACCGCCCAGGGUGACGGAGAGGUAUGCGGAACUGCGAUUGAGACCACUCUCACGGCUUCCCUACGCCUAACGGUCUGCAAGAACCAGCCGUGGGUAACGUCCCCUCAGUUCCAGACUCCACCCCUCAAGCAGACGCUCUCUGCGUCAGAUAUCGAGUCCGACAAGGGGGAAUAUGCAACCAUGGGCAUCGACUCCGACCUCCUCGAGGCAACCCGGAAAGCAACCCGGAGUAUGAUUGAAUGGCUCACUUGCACCAAGGAUCUGACGCGGGAGGAGGCAUACAUGCUCACUAGCGUGGCAGGCUGUCUGAAGAUGGCUGAAGUCGUCGAUAUGCCCAACUAUGCCAUUGUCAUGACGAUGCCACUCAGCAUAUUUGUGGCGUCAGACCGGCCAAACGGAACGACAACCUGA